AUGCUUUGGGAUGACAUCGAGCGCGAUUUUCCACAAACGGCUCCCAGAAACUUGGGGAACAUGGGCUACUUUGGAAAGACCUCCUUGUUCUUGCCAGCAAGCGUGCAACAAGCUGCCUAUAGCGCAGAAGGCUUGAUCCUGGAGUUCUACCGUGGCUUCAACGUCUCGUGGACUGACCCGUCCAAGUACUUCGAAGCGCCCAGCAUCCUGGACACUGCCCUUUUGAAGAGGUGCAAUGAAACCAGGAUGAUGACCUCACAGGCCAUGGAGUUGUAUGCCAACUUGACGGGUGACUGGGAUGGGGUGGAGCUGCUGAUCCGUGAUGGACGGCGAGAAGUGCGUGGAAGAUGCUUCAAUGACUACUUCUGGUACCCGCCAGCGUGUCGUGAGAACUCCUCGAGGUGCGUGCUCUUCGUCACUGCUGGCAAUGGCUGGAAUUUGGAAGAAACGAUGCAAAAAUCCACAGCAUGGAAUAUGCCACUGGCGCCUGUUGUGGCCAAAAAUUGGUCGGUCUACACGUACUUGCCAUUGCAAGUGCGCAGCACCUUCUACUGGUGGAUACCCUGUCUGAUCGCUGCGAAUUGUGCUUUCUCAGGGAAUCCAGUGACUGUUUGGUGGGUCACCUUAGGUUCCAAAGACCGAGCCCCAUGGUCCCGGAGUCUUGAAUUGGUGGCAAUUGGUCUUCGGUAUUCGGUAAGUCUCAAUUGUUAUGACAUUUCUGGGUUUGGAUCCCUUUCCCCCAACCCGACCGCUGCGUGGUACCACCUGAAGAUUGAACAAUGA